AUGGACAUGUCAGGCAUGUCCGCGAGUUCGACUUCUUCCUCCAGUUCUGGUAUGACCAUGGCCAUGGCCAUGGUCUUUACCAACAGCCACUCCACACCUCUCUGGUCCUCAACCUGGACACCGACUACAUCCGGGCAAUACGCGGGCACAUGCAUCUUUCUCAUAAUCCUAGCCAUCAUCGGACGAUGCCUGAUGGCUUUCAAAGCUGCCAUGGAGCGCAGAUGGCUGGCCAUUGCGCUCGAUAGACGAUACGUGGUGGUGGCCGGAAAGAAACCAGACUCUAUCUUGGACAAAGCUGAUCCAGAUACCAUCAAGACGGGGACUUUGACCUGCCAGGGCGUGGACGAGACGGUGCGAGUGGUCCGUCAGGUUGCGACAGAGACGCAGCCGUGGCGAUUCAGUGUUGAUCUUCCCCGCGCGGCUUUGGCAUUUGUGGUGGCCGGCGUGAGCUAUCUACUGAUGUUGGCCGUCAUGACGAUGAAUGUGGGAUAUUUCAUGUCGGUAUUGGCGGGCACGUUUAUCGGAGAAUUGGCGGUGGGCCGGUAUAUUGUGCAUUGGAGCGAGCAUUAGAUAUGAUACAUCUAG